GUGCCAGUGCUGACUCCAUGAUAUUUCUUAAUGACAAGAAUGUGGGAUGUGCUCACUGCAUGCUAUUCAAGCUAAGAGAGAUUACAUAGUGUCCAUAUUGGCCAGAGGUUCAGUGGACAAAUAUGAAUGCUUGGUUGACCACCUACUGUCACAAAAUGCCCUUAACUGGGAAGAAUAUCAAUCAUGCACACUUGUGGGACAACCUUUAUGCAGGCUGGUUAGAGACCUAUUGGACAUUAUCACCUGUAAAGGGGACAGCUAUUGCAGGAUUUUCUUAGAUGCUCUCCAAAAACAUGAGACUUUGCAAUGUGAGGAACAAUUUUGUUUCCAGCUUCCUGAAGACCUGUCAGAUUCAUCUCACUAUCUACAGUGUGAACGGCCAAGUAUUGUGCAAAUUAUCCACAACUACAUUGGUGCUGUUUUACAACAACUUUUGGAGCGUGGAUAUAUCUCAGAAUGUGAAAUUAAUGAUAUACAACUGCCUAUCUUUUCACUUUCUCAAAAGAGAGCGGGUAUCCAUGGUGACAGGAGACGCUGUCUUCUAAUAGACACGUCUCUUGUCACCUGUCUAAACAAAGACACAGCAGCCGGAGUAGAUCGUAGGAGGAAGAAGCAAGAGGAAACUGAAAUUUGUCUGGCAUUUCACAAGAAAUUGAAGAACACCAUAUGUGCCCAAACAAGGUUCCUUAGCACCUACGAUGGGACAGAAAACUUGUGUCUGGAGGAUGUCUAUACAGAGAGCGUUUUGGAGCUAUCAAAAUCUAAGCACAUGUUAGAUCAUGGCCAUGGUGCUCAGAGCUCCACGGACCUUUAUCACAUUUUCAGUGAUCAGGGAGUUAUUAAUGAAAAUGCUGACACCAUCAUCAUACUUGGGGAUGCAGGCACUGGCAAAAGCACAUUGCUUCAACACAUUCAACAUCUCUGGGCAUGUGGACAAGCAUUCCAAAAGUUUUGCUUCAUCUUCCCCUUUAGUUGUAGAAGGUUAUGUUGUAUUGCAAAACCAAUUUGUCUAAAAACUCUUCUUUUUGAACAAUGCUGCUGGCCUGACCGAGAUCAAGAAGAGAUAUUUCAAUUCAUCAUAGACCAUCCUAGUCAAGUCCUCAUAAUGUUUGAUGGAUUUGAUGAGUUGAAGUUUUCUUUCACAGAGGAUAAUAAGAACUGCUCUCCCUCAGUACCUACCAGCAUUGAAAGCAUUGUUUUUAACCUUAUUGAAGGAAAUCUAAUGAAGGACUGCAUAAAAGUCAUUACAAGCAGACCGGAUGCUGUCACUGUGGCGUUACGGAGAUACAUCAAGAAAGAAAUUAACUUAAGGGGAUUUUCAGAAGAAGGGAUUGAAGCUUUUAUAAGGAAACAUCAUGACAACCCAGACAUAUCCAGAGGUAUCAUCAGCUUGGUAAAAAACAGCUUGUCCCUUAAUGGGCUGUGCCAUAUUCCAGUCUUCUGUUGGAUCAUUUCAAAGUGUCAUAAGGAACUUAUUAACUGUAGCUACAAAACUCCACAGACUAUGACUGAUAUGUAUAUGCUUACUCUAAAACACUUUCUACUACAUGCUUCAUCAAGUUUAAUGGAAAGACAAAAUAUUCUCUCAGAGAGAAUUAAUUCUGUCAGACAUCUUGGUAAGAUAGCGCUCAGUGGUCUUUGUGAAGGUUUGUACGUGUUUUCUCCUCAAGAGCUCACCAAAGCAGAAAUGACAGAAGAGGAUCUCUCUUUAGGUUUUCUUGUUAUCUCAAAGAACUUUUCAGAUGAAGGGAAAACAUCUUCACAGUACUACGAGUUCCUCCAUAUCACAUUCCAAUGCUUCUUUGCUGCUCUGUACAUUGUAAUGAGUGAGGAUAUGGACCCCCUUAUGCUUUACCAAUUAUUUAAGUGGAAUAGAAGACAACUAAGAAACUCACUUGCUCAAAGACUUUCUAUAUCAUGUUUACAACCUAUUUUUCAACAGCAAAAUAAAAUUAUGUUACAGAACAUAGAGAUUAGAAAUGUACAAAUUACAGCAACAUUUGUAGCUGGGCUCUUUUCUGCUGUACUGAACAAAUUGUUGGUUGAUGCAUGGCAACCAGAAAAACUGGCCAAGAAAUGUAAAACUGUUAAAAAAUGUUUGGCGAAAGCAAUCCAGAAACACUUUAAGUCAAUACCACCAGCAUUGCCGGAUGAGAAGAAAGCCAUGCAUGCAAUGCCUGAGUUUGUCUGGCUUAUAAAGUGUAUUUACGAAAUGCAAGACAUUGUUUUGGCUGAAAGAGCGGUAAAAGGUCUUACAGUUGACCAUCUGAAAAUGACCUAUUGUGGCAUUGGUCCUUCUGAAUGCACAGCAUUAGCUUUUGUACUAAAGCAUUUAAAAAACACAGUUGGUAUACAAUUGGACUACAAUUCUGUAGGUGACACUGGAAUUGAGCAGUUGAUUCCCUGCCUUCAUGUCUGCCAUGCUCUGUAUCUGAGAGACAAUAAUAUCACUGACAAGGGACUCUGCAGCCUUAUAGAGCAUGCGGUAGAUUGGCCGAAUUUCCAGAAGAUUGCAUUAUUCAACAAUGGAUUGACUGACAAUUCUAUGAAAUCCAUGGCAGAUCUCUUGAAAAAGAAGCAGAAUUUUUUAUCCUUAAGAUUGGGGAACAACUGUAUAACUGAGGUUGGUGGGCAAAUAUUAGCAGAAGGACUAAGGGAAAAUCAGUCACUACAAUUCCUGGGACUCUGGGGAAAUCGAGUGGGCGAUGCUGGAGCAAAAGCUAUUGCAGAAGCAUUAGAAAACAGCAAAACCAUGGUAUGGGCCAGCUUGGUUGGCAACAACAUAGGAAGUAUUGGAGGGCAGGCAAUGGCCACCAUGCUGAAGAACAACACAGUACUAGAAGAACUCUGGCUUGAUGAAAACAAACUUGAGGAUAGCGAUGCCAUCUCAAUAGCGGAUAGCCUUAAGGAAAACCGUGCCAUGAAAGUUUUAAAGAUUUCUAAAAACAAUUUCAGUACACCUGGUGUGUCUGCAUUUGCUGAAUGUCUGAAAUAUAACAACACUAUUACUGCGAUCUGGCUAAAAGGAGCUAAACUUUCAGAAGAAGACAUGGAAAGAUUCGACAAGCUGGAUCGUCUGUUUCUAAGUGGAUGA